GAAGCGGGAGGAAGGUACAGGAACUGACGAACAAAUCUCACAGUUUGCUACAAGGUAAGAAAAAUAUUUCCAGAAUUACAUUUCAUUCUUUUAGUUAUUGGAAUGUGUUUGCUUAAUGAUGAAUUGGUGGUGAGGUGAAAGGAGAGAAGAUUUUCCUGUGCUUUCAUUCAGGAUAUAUAGGAUUAGUUUAUCUUCAUGUAGAAACUUUCAAGUCACAUUUGCAAAUAUACUUAUGAUAAUAAAUUUCAGGGGCUUCCAUGCAAAAUGUAAGUUUACAAAUAUAAAUGUGUGUGUGUUUGAAAGAAGAAUGAAAGUGACUUUCUCCUUUCUGCAGAGAUCCUUCCUAGCCACACAAGCCUGAAUGCUCGUCAUUGCUUCUUUCAUUUGUAAUGGACAUGAAAUGGCUGCUUCUCUGCCACUCCCAUUUGACACUGGCAAGUGAUAUUUAUCCCUUGGCACACAGAGUUAGCUCUGCCAUGGGACGUCUCAGACUUUUCCCCACCAAGUUCCUGGUCUUCUUAGUUGGGGAUGACAUUGACCAUCUCUUAACUUGAACGGUUUGUCCUGCUUUUCAAGCUCUUUAGUUAAAUAUGGAUCUCCUAUAUAGUCAUUCAUUUCAGUACAUAUGUAUAACCAGCCAAUUCUAGACCCUUUCUACAAAAACUGUUUUUCACUUUAGACGAUGCAGUUUCCCAUUAUGGAAAUAUUUCUUAUAGCUCAAUAUGCUGUGUUGUGAAAAGCUCUAUAUCAACAUUUACAUGAGGAAAGUGGAUUAGUGAGUGGUGUAGGACAUAAAGAGCAGUAACUGUGUGACAUGCUGUGGUGAUCACACCGGGUCCCCGGAUGUUUCACCAUGUAUUGAUCCCUGUGCCACCACUUUAUUUCUCGCUGCUGCCACCCAGGCCCUACCUGGUACAAUACUGAGUCCAGUCAGGGUUAAAUUGAAACAUAAACUUUUGUUUAUUUAUUGCUGUUUAACAAGCGUGUAGUUUCAUAAAUAGUAUCAGUCAAUUACAUUUAUGGGGUGCGUAUCCAGACCUAUAACUUCUGCUACCUGCUCUCACUCACUAAACCACCUCUCAGAUAUUUACUUGUCCUCCUAGCCCCUAAGUAUUCCUGACUCAGCUUAUUUCGCUACACUGACUCAACCUACCCACAGACUCUAUCCCAAUUUACUCCCACUCCAACCAACCAUCCAACUCCCAAUGAACUCCUCCACGAUCUCCCCUACGAACUCUCCCCUUUGCCCUGCCCAGAGCUGGUUUUAUAGUCCAUUUGACUCCAUCCCCCUGGGUCCUGACUGGGCAACCUGUUUAACUAUUUCACCCCCAGCACUCUCUCAUAUGUUAAUGUCACACAUGCAUACAUGGUGCUGCACAACACAAUUUACCUGCAACUUUUUAAAUUUAGUAUUAUGGUUUAACAAUAUUGGAGCAGUGUAUUCGAUUAUCUGAAAUGCUGACAAGAUGUGUGUAUGUGGGGGGGAACAUAAUCUGUCUACUUGCAAUAGAGACAGAGCAGAUAGCUUUUGAAUAUAUAUAUAUAUAUAUAUAUAUAUAUAUAUAUAUAUAUAUGCAAUACAUUUCUUUUAUCAGAUCUAAACUGAAAUAGGGUAAGAACAUAAAAUGUAUUAUAUAAAAACAAAAGUAAAAUCCUAUACAUGCCUCAUUUUCAGAUAAGUGUGCCUAUAGAAAACAGCUUUAGUUGACACAUACAUUCUGCUGGUGUGGUGAAAUAAAGGUAAAGGUAAAGGGACCCCUGACCAUUAGGUCCAGUCGUGGAUGACUCUGGGGUUGCGGCACUCAUCUUGCUUUAGUGGCCAAGGGAGCCGGUGUACAGCUUCUGGGUCAUGUGGCCAGCAUGACUAAACCGCUUCUGGCAAAACCAGAGCAGCGCACAGAAACACCAUUUACCUUCCCGCCGGAGCUGUACCUAUUUAUCCACUUGCACUUUGACAUGCUUUCAAACUGCUAGGUUGGCAGGAGCAGGGACUGAGCAAUGGGAGCUCACGCUGUUGCGGGGAUUCGAACCGCCAACCUUGUGAUCGGCAAGCUCUAGGCUCUGUGGUUUGGAAAUACACAGCUAUAAUUCCCUUUGUUUUAUUUAAAAUAAUAAUAAAUUAUGGAGAAAGAUUAGAAGAAACACAAAAGGGGACACUGGAGUGAACAUAUACUUUAUAAGUAGCAAUCUCCUUUUCAACUUCCUUCCAGCUCUACAGGAAAGUGAAAAAAGACUUACCUGUAUCGUUGCCAAAUUGUUUGUGUACCGUUUCCCCACAUAAUUUGUGUUCAAAGAAAUAAACAUCAAAUGCAUGACCAAAAAAUCACUAAAUAUAUUAACCCAUAAAAGCAAGUGAGCCCAGGCCAGAGAGUCCAUAUCAUUGAUUUCUGACAAAACUAUCCAAUUGACCUGACAGAAUCAUUGAAGCAGUCCCUCCCGCAGUGUCCCUAGGGCUACUGUCUUCCUUGAGGAAAAUCAGAAACUGGGAUGCCCAGGCUAGGGAGCAUGGCAAAUCAGAUCCUGAUAGGUGGCCUGAGAAAACUUCUGGGACAGCCCUCAUUCCCCUUCCCUCAUCUGCCCUGAGGGAUGGCAAGGAAGCCAAGGCCAGGAGCAAAUGCCAUCAGUUGUCAGUCACCCUGAGAGGUCUCUGUCACUACAUUUUUGAUCUACUAUUUUAAAAUUGUAAACGACCUCAAGUGCAUUAACUGAAAAGUGGUGUGCAAUAAAUGUAAUAUGUAUAUAAAUAAAGUAAGUUCAAAACAAGAUAAUCAGAAUAACAAAAAUGCAUAUUAGAAAAAUAAACUUCAAAAAUAGCUUGGCUACCAGGAAGAACAAAACAAAACACUGUUUUGAAUACGACCCUCUGACCCACUUGCAAAAGAGGACACAGAUUUGCAUAAUAUAUACCAUUCUUGGUAUACAUAGCAUAAAUUAAGUUUUAACAAAGCCAAAGUACAUUACAUGAAGAUUAAUGUACAAAAAUGCCUAUAUUUAUUUAAAUAAAGUAGACAGAACUGUUGACAGUAAUUAAUAAAUGGUGACCAGUGGAUCUUGCAAUUUUAUAUUUUAUUUCUUCCUUCCAACAACUGUAUAGGUAUAGUCCUAUUCUUCAGAUCUUUGAUCCAUGUGUUCUAGACAGGUUCUAUGAUACUUGGAGCAAUGGCAAAUUAAUAUGUGGUGUUCUUCUUGUGCAGCAAAAGGAACAGAGCCCACCAUUGCCUUGGUGGAUUAUAAAGGCUGGGGGAUUGGCCUCACCUGCAGCUCCAACGGUUGGUACCCAAAGCCCAAGGCUUUCUGGCUGGACAGGGAAGGGAAAGUCCGAAGUAAACAGUCAGACACUACAGUCACAGAUACCAAGGCAGGGAACUUCAGUGUUUCCAGUUCCGUUACAACAGAAUCAGGAGUUGACCAUGAAGUCUCUUGCAAUAUCAUCAACGAACUGCUAGAGAUGGAGAGUGAGUCAAGAAUCCUGAUUUCUGGUGAGUAGGGGUGAAGCAAAAGGGCCAAGAGGCUUUCAGCCAAGGGCCAAGGGCUUUCAAUGUGUUUUCAGUACAAGUACUAUAGGAGGAGAGAGGUUUGGGAAAUUUAUUCGAUUUUGAUGCCUCUGAAGUACACCAUGCUCUUUGUUUGAAUGGAUUAUCCAGAUUAUCUACAACUGUACAGUGGAACCUUGUAUUACGUACCGCCCUCCUUACGAAUGCUUUGGGUUACAAGCUCUGCUAACCUGGAAGUAGAUCCCCUUGUUGCAAACUUUGCCCCGGGAUGUGCGCGGAGGUCACACGCCAGCGGUGUGGCAGCAGCGGGAGGUGACAUUAGUGAAAGCGCGCCUCAUGUUAAGAACAGUUUUGGGUUAAAAGCAGACCUCCGGAAUGGAUCAAGUUCGUAACUGGAAGUAACACUGUAGUUCUGCUCAGCAGCAUUUCAUCAGUUAUCAUCUGGGGUAAUGGCUGAAGUGUCUUCUGGCUUAUAUCCCAUAUCCACUAUUCAGCAGAGAGGCAGGCAGGUCACAGCUGAAGCCCCCCCCCCCCACCAGCACAACAUCAGAUCAAUCCCUCCCAAAAUAGGAAGUUCAGGAGAGUUUGGGGCCAUGAAGGUGAGUGGCAAAGGCAGACUCUGGUUAGGUUAGUUUUGCAACUUGAAAUCUUCUUCAGGAGAAAUAUGUGGCUGUAACUGAGAUUUUAAUGUGUGUUUCAGGUGCCCUUUAUCCUACCACUUUCCCUUGGCUAGGACCCUUCCUAAUAAUUAUAUUGCUUUCCAUCUGCCUUCUUCUUUGUGGUAAGGACAAAGCGAGACGUAAGUAUUUUAAAUCUGUCAUUUUCUUACUGUCAUUUAACUGUAGAUGUGAACUGUUACAGAAACCUUCUUUUUUGCACCUAUGUUUAUAAAAAUGAGUGGUGUGUUCUUGGAUACAGAGAAGAAAUGCAUACCAGUUAAAUCAAUACGUAUUUACUACAGCCAGUAAUAGCUCCUUAAACUGCCUUAAAAUGAGCAUAGUUUAAAAGCUGCUUCAGGCAAUCAGAGUCACUUCCCCAAUAGAUAGUUGGGAAAUUCAAUGUGCUUUACAUUUUAAUGUGGAUCUACCUGCAUUGGACUUAGCAAAUCAAGAUGGAAACCAAAAUGCCAAUUUAUUGCAUUUUGUAAUUCAUUUUUUCAACCAGAAAUACAUUAGAGGAAAGUGUACCCCAAAAAUACACGUAUUAGUGAAAAUAAUGCAUCAUAUUAAAGGAAAUUGCCUUCAAAAAUAUGUGUAUUAGGAGAAAUAAGGACUGAAAUGUUGAUGAAUUUUCAUGAAGAAAAAUGCAGGAUCAUGGCAAACUAAAUUUAAGAUUAAAAAUGAAAAAUGGAGAGAAACCAAAAUUUGUAGAUCUAUCCAUUGCUAUUGGCAGGUCAUGGAAAUAAAGUAGAAUUUGCUUGUCGUUUUUAAGGGGCAUGACCCACAGACUAAGGCACAACAGCUGAAGGUGCUGCUGACCUGGUAAAGGCCAGACUCCAGGGACUUAUACCAGGCUUCACUAAUCAAGAAUCUUCCUACCAUCUGACAGUGACACAUGCUGGUAUUCCUCAGGUUCAAACGCAAGAGUCCUUGGCAAGAAUAAUCAGUGGUGUUCAUUUCUGAUUUUUGUUUUUUGUUUUUCGUCCUCUAUGCUUGGUGUAAAACUUUUACUUUGCUUAUUUCCCCUUUUGGUCUUUAAUCUUUAUUUUUGGCAGAAUUGGAUGAAAUUGUCAGGCAUGUUAUAGGCCCCCCCCCAGUUCAGGGGGGAUGAAUCCUUCCAAAAUUAAAAAGAAUAUCUGCUGUAAAGUUUUUGCAAGAGUAGGCUUUCUGUUUGAAGUAGCAAACAAGAAGUCAUAUAAAUUGCCUUGUUGUUUUACAGUCAUAUAUGAAAACAGCAUAUAUGAAAGAAGUAUUUCUGGGAAAGAAAUCUUCCAAAUUAUGGACAAAUAGGUGCAGGGUUGUUUUGUGCUGGGUACAAACUAAAUUAGAAUGAAUUUACUUCCCUAGUUUUGAUAGAAGUGAUUUUAUUAUGAGAAUAGCACACAUCAUACAGGUAUCCAUAGGAAAGUAAUCUGCAUAUUGGUAAAAGGAGGAUAGAGGCUAUAAAAUUACAAUGAAUGGAGGAUGGGCUGCUUCAGGCUAGUGUUCUGCUCAAAUUAAACCAAGUAUCCCAGGAACUGAAUGAAAAGCUAGGUACAUGUGUGCUAAGAUAUACUCUUUUCAUUUAUUGUUGUAGAAACUGAGAAACGCACAAGAAAAGCAAGUGAGUAUCCUUUGAAUGAAUAACUAGCCACAAAGUGCCUGUAGUCUUUGAUAAACUGCAAGCUUCUUUCCUGCACUUAUGUGAGCCAUUCUUACCAGCUCCUUGAUACACAACCAAAGGCCAGCAGCAGACUUGGGUUGGCGCUGAGAGAGUCCUUGGGGUUUUCUCUCCUUCCCGAUCUCCAGAUAGGCAUUUGGGAGGAAGGGUGGAUAUAUAUUCCAAAAUGAGUCUACGAACUGAAAAUAGAGACAAUGUACCUACUUUUAUUACCCAAGAAAAUAUUUAAUAAAAAUUAUUUAAAAAUAGACAAUGAAAUAAACAAAUCCAUGUUCCUAGUAGAAUAAAGAGCAUGGGGAACAGGCCCACCUAUUGACUGCUAAACAAAUAAUAGCACAAUACAUUCUGAUGAACUCCUGUUGCAAUAACUUUGCUGGAUGUUGUGCUGAUGAAUCCUUCAUUGUUCUUGGGGCAGUGAAAUAAUUUAGUAUAAGAGUUUAUAUGUAAUAAUAACAGUUUGCAAUAUAUACAUAGGAGGGACAUGGCUGCAGUGGAGAAGGAGGAAAUGAACCGCCAGCAGUGGGGAGCACCAGGGGGUGGAUGCCUGGCAGUGACAAGGAACAAGGGGUCCAUGUGUGUGUGUGUCAAGGGAGCAGCACUGUGGGUUUUGCAUCUAGUAUGUACUUAAAGCAACAUAGGACCUAUAUGGAUUUUCAGUUGUGUAGCUUGUCCUCACAUCUUAGUCACUCAUUUCGUCUCAUAUGUUUUCCUAAUUCUUCAUUGUACUGCUUGAGAAAGUCUAAUGCUGUGCUUCAGGAUAUUUCAGUGUCAUCCAUUGUUUCUAUGAUUUUUAAAAUGUAUCAAUGACUCAUACUUGAAGGACCCAGUUUUGCAAAAUAUUGCAAGCUCCCACUCAGUUUCAUUUACAAAUAAGUAUCUGAUCUCCCUGUUUGGUAUUUGUUUCUGAUUCUCCCUCAAGGAGCUUUGUGGCUCAGUCCCACUUCACCUUGUUGCCCCUUCCUUACACCUACAGUCCACAUAUCCCCCAGGCUAAAUUGCCUCUCCCAGUUCAGCUCCAUGCUGAAGACAAACAAACUACAGGCCUGUUUGUUCCCUUCAGCUUUACAAACUCCAAGGCUUGUGCCUGUGCAUCAGCACCAUCCUCAUCCUUGGCCAUUUUGAGGCAGGUUUGGCGAAGGCUGAGGGGAGGAAUAGGAUGGCCAACCUGUCUUUUCUUUACCAUUUUUGGAGAAAUGUGCCUCCCUUUGCUCUUCUGUGUUUAGACUACCAGGAUUCUCAGAUGUGGCACACACUCUUAAAAAUAUAGUAUAAUAUAUAUAUAAUAUAUAUAGAAAGAAACGUAAGAAUUCUCAAAGUAGAUAUGGUGAAGAAAGCAGAAGAAUAAUACCAGGUGAGGUUCCUGCUUGAGUUGAUUGAAUGAUGUGCUUCUGGAUAUUUAUGUAUGUACAUUUAUGCUUUAAAGCACUGAAAACCAGCACUGCUGUACAGUGAUUAAGGCUAAAGCAAAGCUGUGCAUGCAAACUUCCAUUCAGAUUUGAAAAGAAAGUACCAUUAGAAGGAAGUGUAUAGGGAAAGGAGGAUUAGUCCUGAAAAAAAGGCAGAGGAAUAGUUGUGGCUAGGAAGGGGGCUGGGGGCGAGCAAGCAAUGAUUCAGAUGCACCCGAACCAAUCUCCCCAGACCAACGUUGUGCGUCACAGUACACCUUCUGAACCCAAGUCCUCUCAGGCAUUUUAGUGGUGAUGAGGGAAUUUCCCCUUGCCAAUGAAAGGAACUUUUGUGGAGGGAAUCGGAUGGUGUACAGCACAGGACAUAUUAUCCUCCCAGCUGAACUGACUCUCUUGCUUCUGCUCCAUACUGAAGACAAGCAAACCACAGGCCGGUUUGUUUUCUUCAGCUUUAUGAAUUCCCAAGUCCAGGCUGACUGAGGGCUUGUACCUGUGCAGCUGCACACUCCUCAUUUUGAGCCAGGUUGGGGCAAGGCUGAGGGAAGGAAUAGGACGUCUACCUGUCCUUUGGGAGAAAUGCUGCUUCCUUUCCUCUUCUGCACUUAGGCUCUAUGUAAAACACCUGUUUUACAAAAUAAAGUAAUAAUACCUUUCUGUAUUUGUAUUCUUGUUUUUCCAGAGAAAUGUAAGAUUUCACAAUAUAGUGGGUCUGAAGGUGAAUUUCCUGCUUGACUUACUCUAAUAUUGUGCUUCAUGAUAUUUCAGAAAUUCAUAGUCCUCCUCCACCUCUUCUUUUCUUCUUUUUAAAAGUAUGGCUAGAGAGUGUGUGGGCUCCUGCCUCCAUGCACAUUGAAUUCAAUAUAGCUAGACCUUCUCAGAGUACUGGUUUUUGAGGAUGUACCUCUCUGCAGGGAAUUUUGCAUGUUAGAUAUGAGAGGCUAAGGUGCUGGUGGGGGGUUGCAUGAAAAUAUCUAAAAUAUUUAUGAAAUAUCAUCAGGACCUGGGGCCCAGGGACAUUGGUUUCUUAUAAAAAAGUAUUUAUAAUUUUCAUAAUGAACAAUGUUUAAUAGUAAAAGAAGAAAAAAUCAUUAAUAUAAAUUCCCAAUUCAGAUAAAGGACUCAGCUAUACAGCUGCUAAUCAAACGUUUUAAGUGCAAUAGACAAUGUGACGCUAGAUCGCAAUGGUGAGCCUUAUGGAAAAUUCAAUGUAUUUUAAAAAAUGCUUUAAAAAAAGCAAUUUCAGAACAGUUUUUAUAUGUCUGUAGAUUCCACCAAAGCGUCUUUCUAUAAAUCCUGAUGUGUCACAGGCACCCUGAUUUUGGAACAGUCCCCGGUAAUGACAUUGUAUUGCUUUUAGUACAUAUCACUUUUUAUUUCUGUGUGGAGGAAAAGUAUUUUUUUUUCUCCCCCCCACCCUCCCUUUCCAGAUGAUUCAAGGGCAAUAAUUGAUAAGUCUUGUAAAAUAUUUCAGGUUUGAACAUGUAAAUCCAAAUGACUUUCUCCAUUUUGCCAUCCAAUGUGGUGGGAGGUGUGUGUGUGUGUGUUGGGGGGGGGCAGCUUGGGUCUGCUGGAACUUUGUGCAUGUCCCAGAACUACAUGCCUAGUUUGGUUUUGAUCUGUGCAAUGAAUGCUGUGUCAUUGCCAAACAGCCAUACUUGGUCUUGACAUAGCAGCUAGCAGUGUUCCGUGUCUCUAUAAAUCGGAAAAGAAAUGUAAUUCUUUCUUUUCACUCUCCCCGCCACUUUUGCAGAUGAAUUAAAAGCAGAGAAUGGUAAGUCUUGCAAAAUCUUUCAGUUUUUGAACAUGCAGAAUCCAAGUGACUUCCUUCAUUUUGCCAUCCUAUGUAUUUGGGUGGGGUGGGAGGGUUACUGAUGUUAACGGAAAAAUACGAGGGCUCCCUUGGACAAAAACAAAGACACCAACCAGGAUUACUUGGAGCAAAACAGCAGCCUGUGUCAUUGCCAAGAGCCAUACUUGGAUUUGGCGCAGUGAUAUUGUCAUAACCUGCUGAGGAGAAAUGGCAGCUAGUAGAGCUCUCUGUCUCUAUAAAUCAGAAAAGAAAUGUAAUUCAUUCUUUUUUCCCCUCCCCCCGCCCUCUUUUGCAGAUAAAUUAAUAGCAGAGAAUGGUAAGUCUUGCAAAAUCUUUCUGUUCUUGAACAUGCAGAAUCCAAGUGACUUCCUCCAUUUUGCCAUCCCAUAUAUGUUUACUGAGCAGCUUGGGUCUGCUAGAACUUUGAACAUGCCCCAGAACUAUAUCAUACCCUCCAACAUUUCUCCGAUGAAAAUAGGGGCAUCAUGUGUCUAGUUUGGUUUUGAUCUGUGCAAUGAAUGUUGUGUCAUUGCCAAACAGCCAUACUUGGUCUUGACAUGGCAGCUAGCAGUGCUCUCUGUCUCUAAAAAUCGGAAAAGAGAAAAGAGGCACUUUUGACACCGAAGACUUAAGAAAAAACCACCGAUGCAAGUGAUGCAAGUAAUUCCCCCCUUUCCCCUCAUCCCCUUCACUUUGACUCAACCUGAACCAAAGGUUCCCUUUCUCUGAUGAAGGGGUAUUAUAUUUAUUUAUUAUAAAAUGCAUGUCCUAUAGAGGUAUCAAAGCAUCUUACAACAAUAAAAUAUACAAUAUGCAAAUUUUAAAACAUAAAUUAAACAUUUGACAGAAGAAGACUUCUGUCAGUGGAAGAGGUCCUUUGAGUACAAGUCUUUGUUACUAAUUCUAGAUAACUUGAUAAGCGAAGACAUUAUAAACUGAUUUUUUUUGGAAUUUGAUUUUCCUUUUUAAUCUGAAUAAGGUUCUUCAUUUGUAAGCCAUGCAAAUUUUCCUUUGCAGAAAUCUUGAAGAUUGAAAAAGGCAAGUAGUCUAACAUUUUGUAUAUUUGUUGUGAAAAUAAAUAUUCCUGAAUCAUAAAAAAUACCACACUUGCCACAAUCACUUCAUUCCCCCGUUUUCUUUGCACUUAGUCCAGGAAUUGACAAAAAAGGGUGUGUUCCAAAGAAGAGACACACUUCAAGCUUUUGUAUUAUCAAAUUUUCAUCAGUUUUGGACAUAAAGAAAUUUCAGCAGCUGCUAAAUUUCAUUUCAUAUCAUAUCUGUGCAGAGUUUUGAAAAAGCUGUCAGUGCUGCAUUUCCCUCAUCUUAGAAAUAUAUAAUAUUAUGCUUUAUAGUUGUGCCUCAGAUGAGUAGAUACUAACUUAGGCUUUUAGAAUAUAUAUUUUUAAUGAAAUAUGUAUUAAUAUAAUUGUAUUGAUGGUGGUCCUUUGAUAAAUGAUGGUUUAUUGAACAAACAAACAAACAAACAAACACAAACAAACUCCACCCACCCACAAUAUCCAUCUACAUACAGGAUCUUCCAGACCUUAGUGCAUGGGGUGAAAAUGGUUUGAAGACAGCUUCUUUGAGCAUUUAAUUAAACACCAUCUGAAUUUGCUGCCCUAACAAGGCGGAGUUCUCAGCGGCACACUAAGCUUAUAUGUAUGUUCAGCUGAAAGCAGAUUAAAGCCCCUUUAGACCUGAAAAGGGAUGACUAAAUUAGGAGCCCAUGUACAUAAGGAUGUGGGGGGUGGGGCUUACACAUGAAAUCUAAAACAUUUCUCCAUUUACCCUCCUCCCUGCAAACCCUUCCAUUUUGAUUCAACCUGAACUAAAGAUUCCCUUCUUCUGAUGGAAGAAGUAUCCUAUUUAUUAUAAAAUGCAUAUCCCAUAGAGGUAUCAAAGCAUCUUACAACAAUAAAAUAUACAAUAUGCAAAAUUAAAAACAUAAAUUAGGCAUUUGACAGAAGAAGACUUCCAUCUGUGGAAGGGGUUCUUUGGGUACAAGUAUUUGUUACUAAUUCUAGAUUACAAACUGAUUUUCUUGGAAUCAGAUAGGAGCCCAUGAACAUAAGGAUGUGGGGGCGUGGGGCUUACACAUGCACCUCCUGACCCACCACACACUUUUACCACAGUGGAAGAAGGCUUGGGUCAUACAUAGCAAAGACCUAUUGACAUCAAAAAGAUGUAACUGAGUCGAAACUAAGUUAAACCCAACUGAUUUCAAACAGUAUGUUCUAAGCAUGGUUAACCCAUGGUGUUGAUGUAGUUUUGAUGUACUGCCUUAGAAUCCAUGGAAGGGUAGAGGAGAAAUAUUUUAACUGAGCAAAAAAAUAAAUUGUGCCUGUUUUGUAGGUUGUAAAAUGAGUAAAAGUCAGUGCUUUUUUCUGGGGGGACGUAGGGGUACUACGCAUACCCCUAAACAUUUUGUGAAUCUUUGUCCAUUUGUCCAUUUACUGUAUUUAUUUACCACAAUUUGAACUAUAAAAUGGUGAUUUUCUUCAGUCAAAAUGAGAGUACCCUAAACAUUUUUUAAGAAAAAAGCACUGGUAAAAGUACCCAUCACAUUCUUGCCAAUGAAACUUUCUGUUCAUUAUUUUAUUCACAGAAUUAUCAGAUGCCCGUUGCUACAGAGGUGAGGAGGAUGCAAAAUCAUGUGCAGAAUGGAUAUUGGGCUUCUUCAAAUCAUCCUAUAAUGGGUAGCUCAAUCUGCGUACUGCCAUUUGGUGAUAGACUGCAAAUCCCAACAUCCCUGGCUAUUGGUCAUACUGUUUGGGGCUGACUGGAGUUUAGUCCAGAUCCAAACCUACUGGACUAGUUUACUUAUCUAAUACUGUUUGGCUUAAGAAAAGCAUGGACAUUUUUAAAUGCACAUUUUGAGGGGAAAUACUUUAUACAAUGUGUUUCAAUAGGUAUACGGGAAGGGUAGAUCAAUGUGGAAAUGGACUGACAGGUAAGCACAUGCAAAAAUGAGGAUGACCAUCAUUAAUGUGACCAGAAUGUGCUUAGGCAGUAUUGGAGAGAGAGGGUGAAUCAUGCAAUGCAAAAAAAUUGGAUAGAUAUUUGUAUUAGUCAUCAUAUCAUGAAAUUCUAGAAUUGCAGAGUUGCAAGGGACCCUGAGAAUCAGCUGAUCCAACUCCCUGCAAUGCAGGAAUAUGCAGCUGUCUGACAUACAGUUGAGAGUGUGGUCCACAGACGGGUGACUUAAAAGAGAGAUGCCCACAGACCACCUUACGUAAUUUAUACGUUAAUCUCAUCUUUCACUUAAGUCUGUGAACACCCUCCAGUCUGUGCAUUUUGAGUUCAGCCCUUUCAUUUCCUUUGCAGCUGAUGUGGUCUUGGACCCCAGGACAGCUCACCCAAAGCUAAAAGUGUCUGAAGAUGGCAAAAGUGUUUGGAACACAGGAAAUGUUUCUAAGGUUUCUGACUGGGAGGAGCGGUUUGACUCCCACACAUUCAUUCUGGCAAAAUGUGGAUUUUUGGAAGGCAGACAUUACUGGGAGGUGGAGAUUGAUCAGAAGAAAACCUGGGACUUGGGAGUUGCCUCUGCAACCGCUUCUAGAAAUGGGGAUAUCAGCCUGUCUCCUAAGAAUUACUACUGGGUCAUAGGAUGUAAUGAUGGGAAAGAUUACCGGGCUCGGACAGAGCAAUGGACCAGCCUGAAAGUGAACGGAAAGCUUACAAAAUUAGGAAUAUUCCUAGAUAAAUCAGCUGGAAGCUUAUCCUUUUAUGAUGUCUGCAGCAAAAGGAAAUUGCACACUUAUAAAACACUUGGUGUUGGGGAGCUUUAUCCCUUCUUCUCCACAGGAUCUGUGGCUGCAGAGCAAGAUAGUUCUCCACUAAGGAUUCUUCCACUGAAUUUGGAAGACUGAUUGUGGGUACAGAAUGGGAAAACAUACCAGCUAGCCCUGGAAUAGCUCAGAAUUAGUGAAGCCCUUUAGUUUAGCCAGGAUAGUGGUAUAAAUCCAGGUGCCAAAAAAUGAAACAAACAGAGUAGACACAAUGGCAUCAAUGAAUUCCAUCAUGCUCCCACAUCUAAGAAGUAGAAAUGAUUCAAAGCAUAUGGAGUGUGGACAAGAUUCCAAGAUCUACUUGAAAGGGAAACACCUUUAUGGCUUCCCUCUGUAGAAACUAGUACACAAAAGAAACUUCAUAUGAUGGAGAAUUGGGGCAGAUAUAGAGACAUACGGCAGAUAUAGAUAUACGGUAUAUAGACAUACGGUAUUUUUCUGGAAAUGUAUGCAAAUUGAAAAAGUUUGAAGAAAUCCAAGAAUAGGUAAUGGAUUGGUUUCAAUAUUAUGAAAUUAAUGAAUAAUUUAAAAAGGCAUUUAUAGAAUGAAGUUCUGAUUUUACUUGAAGGAAAAGAAAAACUGAUUUCAAAAAUGUAUAAAUUGAUAUUAGAAUGGGAGACAAAAGAUGAAAUGGUUAGAUUAGAUUAGAAAUAUAAUAGAUUAGAUUAUAAUAUUGUGGUUAUGAUUUGAUAGGUAGAAGAUAGGGUGCAGCAGAAGGAGAGAAACAACAACUUCAUGUAAAAAGUGGGGGUGAUGGGACAAAAAUAAAAUAUGAAACUGUGUUUUGACUGUAUAUGUUAAAAAUGUUGAAACUUAAUAAAAUAUAAUUUAAAAGAUAAAAA